CGGAGUCGUACGGAAUUAUUACCACCACCGCAACUCCUUCAUCAUCAUCCCAAAGAAAGAUGGCGGGUUCCAAACGCAUGAGCGCGGACGAAAAGCGUCAAGUGAUUCUGGACAUUUACCACCGCACCAAACAAGUCUUUACCGAAAAGGAAAUUGUAACGCUCGCUGCCAAGGCGGGAGUCAACGCCAACACCAUUCUCGACGUGAAUAAUAGUUUGAUUGACGACGGUCUGGUCGACAAGGAAAAGAUUGGCGGUUCCAACUACUUUUGGUCGUUUCCCGCCAAGAAGGAUCGUCUGGUGCAGUUGCAGCACCAACAGAAUCUCCAAGCCGUCGAGUUGCUCCAAUCGCAAGUCCGUGACGCCACCGUGGCAUUGGCGGAGGCCCAACGCGGUCGGGAGGACGUGGAUGGUGUCCGUGUGGAGCAACUGCAGCGCCUCGACGCUCUGGGACGGGAACGCGGACGACUAGUCACGGAACUGGCGGAGCUGCAAGAGAACGAUCCCCAGGCAUUGGCCGAUCUGGAACACGAACUCCAACUCGUCACCGCCGCGGCACACCGCUGGACGGACAAUAUCUUCAACUGCAAGGCGUACUUGAUUAAGAAACGUGGCAUGGACAAGAAGGAAGUCCACCGCGUUUUGGGCAUUACGGGAACGUUUGAUUGUGAGUUGUUAUAG